UCCAGCACUCUGUAAGAAUGAGGCUUCUUCAGCUGUUCGUAUUUGCUUUCUUCAUCUUCGCCGGUUGCAGUCAGGGACGGAUACCACAUGUGAGAGUUAUUUUAGGAGACCCGUUUACGCUUCCAGAAAACUGUCAGACCGAUGAAGAGGGUGAUCUGUACCGGCUUGAUCUUUACGGGACCCCCGAGGUGAAGGUGGCAGCCCACAAGCAAGGCGUGUGGACACCGACUGAGGUUUACCGAGAGCGCAUCGGUAAAAACUCGUCGGUCGUGUUUAAUCCCGCAGUUUAUACCGAUACUGGGGUGUAUGAGUUACGAUGCGGCGCUCGGAGGGUGGAUGUUCAGGUCAAAGUUGUCAUGUCCUCUGAAAGAUGCGUCAGCGAGGGAGACGCGGUGAGCCUGCCCUGCUACUCUUCAACUACAGGGAAAGCGCGUUGGUCUGUGCGGUGGGAGAAAAACGGAGAAGACGUGUUAAAGCGGAAUUCCUGGGAAGACACCGGGGCUGCUGCGGGCAGACUGUCGCUGUCCCCGGACUGGGUCUCACACGGAAACUUUUCUUUAACCUUGAAGCAAGCUCAGAAAGACGAUCAGGGGGAUUACUUCUGCUACAUCCAAGAUGAAGUCGUGAUUGCUGUGAGGCUGACGGUCACCGGCCAGAGGAGCCCGGAUCAGAGCAACAGCACCCGUCCUCCGUUUGUGCCUCCGGCACCGAGAGCCUGUGAAGAAAGUAGAAUUCUGCCUGCGGUGAUCAUUACAGCCGUGGUGUGUUUGCCUGUCGGCCUUUUGAUUGGCUGGUUAAUGACAUCAUGCUGCUCCAGAGGUGCCUCAUACAGACACUGCGGUCGACCAAAUGAAGCCUAUGGACCAUGAGAACCUCUACUCUUCCUCCUCCUCUUCAGCACAUCUGUCAGCAGCUGCCUCUCCUUAACAAUGCCAGCUUUUAUGAACGCGCUUUAGUGUGCACUUAAUGUUGGCGUUUCCAUAGUCACAAAUGAUAACAAUGACCAUUCACAUAUGAUUUUAGAUUAAAACUUAAUUUGAUC